UCCCCACCAGAAGACCGGAGUCACAGUCACCAGACGGCCAGACCAUACCAACCUCCCACUCCUGCUCCUUUCCGCUAUUUCAACCAAAUUCCCUUCCGUUUCUCUGCUCCUCGCCUCCCGAGGAAGCAGAACGCAGAACCACUCUCCAAACCCUAGCUCGACCCCCCCUCGUGUUCCUGUCGUUCCCGCUCCGGAUCGAACCUGCACCGAGCUAGAACGCUCCCCUCCCCCAAAUUCGAGUGCCAGAUGGGCUCCGACUCCAAGGAGUUGCUCGGGAUCGAGCCCCUCGAGCUCCGCUUCCCCUUUGAGACGAAGAAGCAGAUCUCGUGCUCUAUGCAGCUAACGAACAGAACGGAUGACUACAUCGCCUUUAAGGUCAAGACAACUAGCCCUAAGAAGUACUGUGUUCGGCCGAAUAGCGGCAUUGUGCCACCACGGUCCACCAGCGAUGUCAUCGGUAGUGUUUAUUCCCAUAACCUUCCAGCAAAUUCACUUGGAUGCUUUGUUAUCUUUGGACUAGGAAUUGACAAUUUCUGUGAUUUCAUAGUGACAAUGCAAGCACUAAAAGAGGCGCCGCCAGACAUGCAGUGCAAGGACAAGUUUCUCGUGCAGAGUGCUGUGGUGAGGGAGGGUACAGCAGUCAAGGAUAUUACUGGAGAGAUGUUUAAAAAAGAAUCAGGUAAUGUGGUGGAUGAGGUGAAGCUGAAGGUUGUCUAUGUGCAACCACCCCGACCACCAUCGCCUGUGCGGGAGGGAUCUGAAGAGGGUUCGUCGCCUCGGCCUUCAUGGUCAGAUGGGGGCAACAUGAAUUAUCAAGAUGCAACAAGGGAAACUGAUGAGCCACCAUUGUUCUCUGAUAUAAGAGCGCAGAAGGAACCAGAAGGGAUGACCUCUGAGACAUCUGCUUUGAUUUCAAGAUUAACUGAAGAGAGAAACUCUGCUGUUCAGCAGAACAAUCAGCUUCGCAAGGAACUGGACCUUGUGAGGAGGGAAAUCAGCAAGCAUGAUGGCGGUUUCCCAUUGGUGUUUGUGGUUGUCAUUGCUCUGCUGGGAAUUCUACUGGGAUUUGUCAUGAAAAGAUAGAUCGUCCUUUGUGUAAUUCUUCAUCUUGUUAGGCUUUUGCCCUCGUCAAAAUCAGAUAUUGUUGUUGUCGACAUUCUCCGAUGCACAAAUUUUACAUGGAUACCACUACUACUUAAACAGCAUAUUCAUCUUACAGUAUGGCUCCUGUAGUUGUUAGCAUCAGAUUGGUUGACUACAAUACCCAGUCAAUUAGCCGUCUGGUUGACCUCAUGGUAUAAUUGUUAAAAUGAACCCAUUCCAUUAACUAGUGUUCUGAUUACCA